UGUUGUGAUAAACUUAUUAAAUAGAUAGCUCUGUCUCUUGUUCUGUGAAGAGAGUCCAUUUGAAGCAACAUGGCCAAUCCCACAGACAGCGCCGCAUCUUGCGAGCAGAACAAGGCUGGCACAGAUGCCUCGGCUGCAGCCCAAGGGGAGAGUGGGGAGAACAAACAGAGGAUGGAGGGCAAGGUGGACUUGGCUCUGCUCAAUGAAGACGACGACUUCGAGGAGUUCCCGGCGGAAGAGUGGGACGACGUGGAUCCCACAACUCAAACCACCAAGGUGUGGGAAGAUGACUGGGAUGAUGACAUGAUUGAAGACGACUUCUCGGUUGAGCUCAGAGCCGAACUGGAAAAGAGAGGAUUCACCCCCAAGCCGAAAGCCACACCCAUGGAGUCCAACUGACUCUUUAUAUCUGAGUUGACUAUUUGAAAUUUCAUAAAUGAAAGAGCUCAACAUCAUGUCCUGAAAUAAUGAGAGAUAUAGAUAGUUCGGAUCAGUGUGUAUGCGAGAUAUUUUGUGGUGUCUCUGAUAUACUGUUGAUUUUGUUUAAACUGUGCAAUCAUGUGAAGCCUCAUUGUACCGUUUCUGCUUGUUUUUCUUCGAACAUUUUGUUAUUCAAUCGAUUUUUAUCCUA